AAUAUAAGGAGUUUGACAAACAACAUGAAAAGUGAAAGUCUCUGCUUCUGCAGGUGUCAAAAUAAAGUGAAGGUGUGGGAGAAGAGCCAUCUACAGACGAUCAAACAUCACCGAAAUUCUCCGUGCUUCUAUCUUCUUUAGGGUUGGGGAAAUAUGAGUGGAGUUAAGGGCAGUUUGAUUUCAACUUCGGCAUCCUCCUCCUCCCGUCUGUCACCUUUGGCUCCACCCUUUACCAUUAAGACCUCUAGCCGCCAUGAAAACAUUAGUCCUUCACUGGAUUUUAGCUCCCAAGGUUUUGCGUCUGGUGUUGAUCAUCCCUUUUCCCAACUCAGCUUGGAUGCUUAUCCCCAUCAUGCAUAUCACUCUGAUGCUACUGCUAUUGCUGUUGUCCCCUUCCAGGACUACACACCCAAUUCUUAUUUUAAAGACUACUCAAUAGAGGAAUAUCCAAUUCAGACUGAUUUUACCUGCCAUACUAGUGAAUCUCCUCAAUCCUAUAGUAAAAACGAUUUGUUGAACUUGGGAAAUGUGGCCCAUGAAGGUGGUAUGGUGGACAUUAUGACUUAUGGUGUGCAAGGAAGGGCCAGUGAUCAACAAGGGAAUGGCAGAAUGCCCUUCAAGGAGAGGAUGGGAGCUGGUCUUUCAAUGUCUUCCAAUACUCGCCCUGAGCAAGGUAAGCAUGCUCUCGAACAAUUGCAACAUUCUCGGGAAACACCUUCUGCUUUGCAUGGCAAAGGCAAUCUGACCAGGGCAGAAUCUAACCAAAACAGAUCAAAAGACAGGGACAGAAUAAAUCCUAAAAGUUCUCUUCCACCGUCAACUUCUGAGAUCUACUUAGUUCCAUCAGAUUUAUGCCCUUCUACGACACUUCAUGACACACAAAGUUGUCUGUCGUGCACAAACCAGGUCACGUUCUGGAGCUACUGUGAUUCAAAUAUUAUUCCAAAAGAGAGAUACCCUCCAAAUAUUGACUCUUAUGGAACCAAACCUACAGUCUCAAAUGCACCUCCUUACUAUGCUUCUCCGCCUCUAGUUUUCAAAUCAUCAGUCACUAGUAUCAAACCUUCCACCUUUGAUCCUGUUUCUGUAGUGAAUGUGGAUUCUGGUGACAGUGGUGCACUCACCAAAAUAGACGAUCAUUCUGGCUAUCCAGGUAGCAGGGUAGAGGCUUAUGGUCUACAGGGUCAAAAGUACAGUGUAGCUUGUCAUGGGCAGAUCACCGUAGAAAAAGUUAAAGGAAGAAAGUCCAGUGAACCUGUCCGUAAUGAGGUUAUAAGCCCCUUGGCAGGGAGAAAAUCUGAGCUUCAGGUUGUUGUUCCCAGUGUUGCCAAUGACUUGACUUUGGAACCACAAGAUUCUAAGCCAAGUGUUACUGUCGAUAAACCUUCCACGCUGAAUGACCACAAUGACUCUGAUUUGGAUUCCCCAUGUUGGAAGGGAAGACAAGCUUAUCAGUUUCCAUUCCAAGUAUCAGAACCUCUGAAUUCCCAACUUUCUAAGGAUGAGACUGUAAGACGUAACAGUCUGAAUCCUUUAGCACCUCAAUUUUUCCCUGGCAAAGCUAAACGAAAUGUAGAUGAUCAUCAGGGUGAACAUGAUGGAUAUAAUUCCUUUUCUUUCCCGAAAACUACGGCCUUAGCUGUUGCUGUAUCAUCCAGAGAAGAUAGAUUGAUGUAUCCUGUUAGAGCAGAAACAUGUCUUUCAGAAGUCAGCAGCAUAACUGGGACUCAAAGUUCUAAUGAUGUCCUUCAAUCUGGAAAGGAGCUUGGCCUGUUUAACAAGUCAAAUAGAAGCUCAUUGCUUGAUGCUUCUUCUAGCAGUCAGCCUUAUAUUGUGGAAGAUUACCAUAAAGCUGAUAGUCUGCUUGUGACAGACCAAGGUGCCAUUGGCUUUGUGGAGGGUGUUAACGAUACAGGGCAUGAUGUGUUGGGUUCUAGUCUGUCUUUCCAUAUGGCAGAAAGUUUGAACUCACCAUCCUCUGGAAUUGAUGUCUUUUCCAGUUUUGAUGGAAGAUCUCAGGGUCUAUCAAAAUCUAAACCUAAUAUUGAUAAUGAAUUAUUGAUUAAUGCAAUGCAUGAUCUGUCAAUGCUGCUUCUACGGAACUGUUCAAACAUAGACUCAUUGAAUGAGUCUGAGUGUGAUAAAGUCCAGAAUAUAAUCAAUAAGCUUAAUGUUUGUGUAAGAAAUAGGGUUGGGCAGAGGGCUCCAAUGCCUGAUUCAGGUCACUUAUCCAAUUCAUUUGGUACUCUACAGUCAGCUGAUCACCACAAGGUACGGCAUGUAUGUUUACUUGUGAAUUGUGAUGUUGUGAGUCUGAUUUUAGGAUUUCAAAUUCUAAAUUCUGUUUUGUCCCAAAUUUCAACAGAAAACAAUUUGGGAUAUAAAUUAACUUUUGACAAUGGUACGGUAAAGAUUCUCAUUUAUUUUGUUAGCAGCUAAAAGGAGAGAAUUGCCUUCUCAAAUUCCAGUUACUAGGGUCGAGGGUCAUGGAGAGCAUCGGUAGAUAGACGCAUAUAUUGUUUAAAGUACAUAUUUUGUUUUAUUGUUGUUUGAGAGCAAUUUACUUGCAAUUAUAUGCCUCAAUCAAUUUCUGACUAACUGUUCUCUUAAAGAGUGCUCUGAGAUAGAGCAUGCUGUUUCCCUUUUUAUGGUUUAAAACCAUUUGUUGAUACGGUACUAAGUAAGUGUUUUCAUCUGUAUAGGUUUCAAGGACUACUACUAAUGAAAUCCUAAACUGUAAAAUUCCCAUUGGAACCUGAUUUGGAAAUUCAGGUUACCAAGGACAGAUUAUUUUACUUGAUUUAAAGAGGUAAAAUAGUUGUUUCCCCAUGUUUGGACAGGAAAUGCUGGAUUCUUUUUCUCAAAGCAGUGAUGCAGUGUUGGAGAGGGGAGAGCAUGUCACUCAGAUUGUUGACAAAGCUCGUAAGGAAAAUCAGGGAAUUGGGGAAAAUAUGCACCCAAAAGGUUUGAUGUAUCGGAAUCUAUGGCUUGAGACUGCAUCUGCACUAUCUUUUGUAAAAAGCAAGCAUAAAGCUUAUUUGUAGCAUUUGAAAACUGAGCCAGACUGGUGAAAAUAGGAAGCAUAGAGCAUUAAAAAUAAGCUUCGUGAAUCCAUAUUGUGAACUCGGAGUGGGUGAUUGUUGGAAAUCACGGCUCAUGAACGUGCGUUUACGUGGCUACCGAUAAAUGUCUAACUAUUUUGGCAGAGGUUGAGGAUCCCUUCAGGCCGGGAGCCUAUAACGUAACAUGUAAGCAUUGCUAAUAAAGGAAACUGGCAAGGUUAUCCGAUGCAUGCGCAAGUGUGGAGGCUUUGCCGCUGUAGCUUGAAGUUCCCUUCCUCAAGCCACAAGAUGGAAGUUGAAAAAUGACCUCAAUGCACAGAGGCAGCAAAACCAGAGCUACAACCAUUUCUAUUGAUCGACUCAUAGCUUUUGGCAAAGUCUGUUUGUUGUUUUAGAUACAAAUGUGAGUGUGCAAGUAUCCCGAUACUGACUGUGUUAUAUCGGCAGUUUGACACACAGAAAGAAGCAAGAAUACUUUUGUUUUGGUCGUUGUACUAAAGAUGCAUUGUGAUGAACUUUCAAGCUCAUUUUUUUUUUUCUAUAACAUUAUUUUUUCAGUCUGCUAACAUUUGGGCUCACUAACGCGGCGUCUGUCCAAUACAUAUGCCAUGACCGUAUGAUAAUCUCAUGUUUGGUUGAUAAUUUUAAAAUGCAACUUCAGAAAUCCUCACUUAGCAUUUUCGCAUUCCCUUACAUUCAUAAGGUAGCCAAUUAUAUUUCCACAUAAUUGGUUACUUAUAAAAUACAAUGUAAAAUGUGGUUAUGUAAGCGGUUUUGUGUAAUGAGGACAAUAUAUAACUGAUUAUAAUAAAUUUCUUUUCUAAAU